AUGCAUUUUUAUAAAAAAGAGAUAUUUCUUGGCAAGGUUAAAAUCAUUCCAUAUUUUAUAGUUGGUACCGUUGUAAUUCUUGGCAUAUCCCUACCUUUAAUAUUUAUUUGGAUGUUAACAUAUCAUUAUUACCCUUUAUGGGCUAAAUUUGUAUGUUUAAUAGUCAUUUUAAGUUACGGAUUUUAUUUGAUAUUCGAAACAAGAUUAAUUUUGAGUUAAGAAGUAAGAAUUUUUUAAAUAUAUUAAGAGAUUUAAUUUGGAUACCAAUGAUUACUUGAUUGGAUCUUUGUUGCUUAAUGGUCUUAUGUUAUAACUAUUAGUAAGAAUAUUUGAAAUUUUAUUUAAUGCUUAUGGAAGAAGAAACAGGUGA